UCAGUUAUGGCUGUUGCAUUUUUGUAAACUUGGUACUUUUUUUCCAACUCUGUGUAUUUACGACAAAAAUAAAAGUAGUGACGCGUGUGAUUUACUAAUUUUUAUAUUAUUUUUUUUAUAUUUUUUUUAAUAAAGAAUUUAUUUACCAACUUGCCAUUUACUUGUUUUAUUUUAUUAAUUAGUUUUAUUUUAUACCUUGUAAUAUUUUUUUUUAUUGAUUUACGUAUAUAUUUCUUUUAAUACCGUUUAGAUACUUCAAAUUUGCAUGAUUUAUUGCGGGAGUCAUCAACAAGUCGUGCACCUGCUAAAAGAGGCCGACCCCGUAAAGAUCCAUUGAAUGCGCCCAGAACUUCUCAGAAAAUAGUGAACAAAAUUAUUGAAGCCAUUAAUAAUAAUACUGGCACACCCAUUUUAUAUGGAUCCACCACUAAGGGUACUAUGAAAUUAGUGGUGGAUGGUCAUCACUUCCGAUAUUCAUUCCGCAAGGGUAAAUAUACUAUAUUCCAGUGUUGCUACAAAGAAAACAAGGAGGAAUGCUUAGUACGUGUUGUUACCGAUCAAAAGCUAGUUUAUCCUUUGGAUGGCGAACACAUACAUUUCGUACAGGCCACUGACAAAAGUGUGACAUCAGUAAAAUUUACACCCGGUAAAGAACCCGAGCCAAACGUUGUUACCAUAACAGAGGUACAAGACAUCGAACCGACCCAGCCAGAACAUGUUGCAUUAAAUAUUGGAGAUUUGAUUCCACAACCAAUACAGACCAAUGUUAAAGAAGAAAAUACUCCAGCUCAGGAAACAUUAGAAUUUACGACUGAAUUGGUGAUGGUUGGCCAAAAGUCUCCGACGGAGAAUAAAUCUAAGGAAGUUACCUCAACUGAAGAUCCCAAUGAAUUUCGUGAGAAAAUUAAAAAACGUUUGCAAAAAGCAUUGCUAGGCAAAAAGAAACAAUAACUUAUUAAAAAAUAACUUCUGUGGGGCAUCUUGAGAAAUUUAAACAACAUUAUUUAAAACUAAAUGCUCGAGGGAAUGCUCUAUCCUAACUUAUUAUAUUUACAGUUCAGUAUGUACUCCUUAAUUAUGUUCGAAAGCGAAAAGUAUAGUUUGAUUAAACUCAAAUAUUUUUAUCAUUCUAUCGAAUUAAGGAGUAAGUAGCCCCUCUGGUAUUUUUAGUUGCUUUGAAAAAUUUUAAUUAGUAUUUGUUUUAUAAUUAGUGAUCAAAUUACAUAUUUUUGUGUUUCAAAAUCGCAUAAAUGGUGCAAAGGUAUAAUAAUCUAGGAAUAAAUGGAACCCUAAAAUAAAUGUUUUUCAUGCUAAAUCAUUAAUUAAAAAUGUUAGUAAUUCGUUCACUGUAUUUAUGUGAAAAUAUACAUACAUUUGUAUUUUUAUAUAAUAAAUUUGUACAUGUACUCUAACAUUAAAAAAAACACAAUUUUUAAUUUAAUGUAAAUUAAAAAACCUACAAUUUUAAUUUGCUUACCCCCAUUAAGAAUAAAAACUUAAAGUUAGCAACUUUAAGUUAUGUUUUUAUUUUUAAUGGGUCUAUAAAUUAUUAUUUUUUUGUCGUGGACGAACAACUUACAGAAUGUACUACAGUCUUCAAUUAUUUUAAUUAUUAACCCUCGGGUGCCUUAUGAAAAGAAGUUAAAUAAAAAUUUCCUUUAUAAAUAUAUUAUAAUAAACUUAAAUUUAAGUACAUUUUUUUUCAAUAUCAAUAUGUAUAACUAUAUGACAAUAAAUAAAACAAAUUACUCUUCCAAAAGUA